AUGGAUCUGCCGGCACCGCGGAGCGCUUUCUCGUGGGCUCCCACGGGUGCGCCCCGCGGGGACACGGUGGUCCGCGUGAGGGCGUGGCGCGCGAGCACAGGACGUCCAGCCUGGCUCCCUGGCAGGUGGAGCCGGAGGUUUCACGCUCCCCAGCUGCAGGGAGGGGGCCCCAAGCGAGCACCCUGGGGGCGUCCCCGAAGCCUGGAGCCCUCGGAUCCUCGGCGAGGAGGAGCAGGAGCCGAGGCGGUGAGCGAGCGUGUGCGCGCCCGGCGCCUCCCGCGGGCCGCCGAGAGGUGCGGAGCCCGCUCCGAUGGGCAGCGACGGGUUCUCGCCAGCUGUUCUCCCCUGCUGCGCCCCUCCCCGCCCGGCCCACGAGCGCGCAACGAAUGCGGUUCAAAGGAAGAAUCUCGAUGCUCGGAGAUGAACACCAGUGUCUUUUUCAACCCAGCCAACUCGUCCUCCCCGCGCGCCGGGGCCGGGGCAGAAGGCGCUCGAGCCGUUGGCGGAGAGACGGGGGACCCGGAGAGGCCGCUGGCCAGGCCCGCCCCGGCCGGCCCCCAGCGCAGUUACCCGUCCCGGGCGGGAGCUGCCGCCGCCUGCCGCUCCUCGGCCGCCGCCGCCUCCACUCCCAGCGCCGCCCGUUCCCGCCUCCUUCUCGGCGCCCGCCGGCCCCGCACGGCGCUGCCCCGGGCGCAGGAGGGCGUGUGAACGCCGCGAAGAGAGCCGGACAAGUCCACGAGCGCCGCGGGCCCGCUGAGAGCCGAGGGUCCGUGGGGUCAGCGCGGUGGGCGCCUCGCUCCUGCUCGGCCAGGCCGGCCCGGGCGCGACUGUCCCCGCGCCCGCCGCCGCCGCAGUUGCCUCCGCGCGUAUCCGCGCUCGGCUCGGGCACCGGGCGAUUAUACUGGGGCGCGCGGUGACGUCACCCGGACACCGGCUCCGCCGCCGCCUCCCCGAGGUGUCCUUGAGAACUGCGGGGCACGCGCGCCGCGCACACGCGCACACACGCACUGCGCGCCCCGUGCCUCCCGCGCACACUCACCGCGUCCCGCCCCGCGCGCUCCUCCGCUCACCCGGACGCCGCCCUCGGGCGCCCUCGACCGUGCCCGGCGCCCUGCGGACCACACGUUUGCGCACUGAAACGCCUCCCCCGCCCCCCGCGCUCGAGCGCUCCUCCUGCAGCCCCAGCGCCUCCGGGCGCACGGUGACAGCGGCCGCCAGGCCUCACGGGCCCACACCCCAGCCGCCCCGCAGACACACCUCCGCCCUCAGGCUCUCCCUGCAGUCUAGGCUCCUCCUGUGCCCCAUAACACACUCUCCCCACCCUCAGCUCACAAACCGUGCUCCCCGGGGGCCCCCUCCAGCCUCCUGCCGACAGAGGGCCCGAGGGCCGGUGCUGGCGGUUGUGUGGUCCUCCAAAGUGUUCACGUGGAGGAGGGAGCUAGAGGCCCUCCCCCCAUCAAACACUGCUCCUCUCUCACUGUGUCCUGAGUGGGGACCAUGGAAUCCCAGGCGACACCUCCCAGCCUGCCCUCUGGCUGGAGCCCUGGUCCGUUCCUCUGGGGCAAAGGACUCUUGCCUCCCUAAGCCACACCACCUCAGGCCUCCCCCAUGGGCCUUUGUUCCUGUGCAGACGGUGAGGGAGCCACAGGCCCAGGCCGGACCAGCAGGCCUCUGCUCCUCUCUCCUGCCCUCCAGGCCAGCCUGGCCCUGGGCCAUCUGCCUUAGAUCGGAGCCCACGACCUCCCACCUGGGGCUCACAGUCCUGCCUCCUUCUUGGCCCUCUCUAGCACAGAAGGGGCAGCCAAGAGCCCACUGGGAAGGGGGCUGGGACUCGAAGUGCCACUGCCCCCAACCCCCACCCCAUCCUCAACCCAGCAGGGUGCCCCUCCCCCUUUGGUGCAGCUCCAGCCUGACCCUCGGAGCCUGAGCCGCAAU